UUGCGUUCCUUUGGAGUAAUCAUGAUCACUCCUGCCUUUGAAUUAAGUCAAGAUGCUAACUUCCUCACUAUCGUAAUCCACGUACCAUAUGCAAGAGUUAAUGAAGUUGACUUGUACAUCGAUGGAGUGGACUUCAAAUUUUAUGUCAAGCCAUACUUCUUAAGGUUGACACUUCCAGGAAAGAUAGUGGAGGAUGGAAGAGAAGAGUCUUCAUAUGACGUGGAUGCAGGAAUUUUUACCAUAAAAGUUCCAAAAGAAACUGCUGAAGAAUAUUUUGAUGGAUUGGAUAUGCUGACUGCACUGCUGGCACCGAAGGGUUCAAGAUCUGCAAAGCCACUGGUGGAAGAUCUAGGACAGUCCGCCAAUGCUGAAAUUGAAGAGGAAGAGUUUGACUGGGAAGUUGAGCAAACACCCAAUGGAGAAUCGGAAAAAGUAUUAAACUCAGACUCAUCGUACGGUUUUGGAAAUCUAAGAUCAGGAGUCUUCCAAAGACUGCAGCAUGAGCUCAGUGAUGUGAUUGACCUGAAGGAACCUGAUAGCACAACACCAGUGGAACGUCGGCUAAAGCGCUUGGCAGCUGAAGAGGCCAAGUUUGAUUCUGACCAUUAUCUUGCUGACCUGUUUGAAGACGAUGCCAUUCGGCAUCUGUUGAAGCAUCAACCUUGGUGGGGAAACACUCCGAAAGCAAAAGAGGAAGGAAAGGAAUCCCAGAUUGAACCUGAUGAUUCAGCAGAAGCAAGAGGGCAAUGUGUCACAUUUUCUGGAGAAGAAAAGGAGCAACUGCGAAAAUUCACCAACAGAAAUUACCUGCUAGAUAAAGGCUCCAGCCAAAUGGUUUAUACCAGCCUGGUUGACAUACUCCUUGCCUAUGCCUACGAAGUCCGCAGCACUGAAGGGGAAACAAAUACUGAAUCCUCGUGGAAUAUCUGGAAACUGAGUGGAACACUUUGUUGGCUUGAAACUUACCAUUCUCUUCAAGGAGUCAUUGUAUCCUUCAGCAGAAGAGUUUUGUGCUAUCCCUUUUACAGACACUUCCAGAUGGCUCUGAAAGCCAUUGAGGAUGUCAUCUUCAUACUCCAGUUGGGUAAGGCUGCUGUUUUGAAAUGUUUGCUGGCCAUCCACCAAGUCUUCAGGGAGAGUGACCCCGCGUACCUCCUCAACGACCUCUACAUCACAGACUACUGUAUCUGGAUCCAGAAAGUGAACCAUGGUGACUGCUCAGGAAGUGGUGAAAAGUUGAUUGAUGGUGUGAACUGGAGCAGAGCUGCAAGAAACCAGAUGUGGUCGAAGAAACUUGCAUCCUUGGCAGAGUCACUACGGAAUGUAAAGGUCACAAAGAAUGAUUUGGGCUUUGAACUGAAAGAACUGGAGAAAGCGGCACUGUUGGUUCAGGAGGAAGAAAAUCAGAUCAAACGAGGGACGGGUGACUCCCAAUCAUUGCAGUCGGAAAGCGAGGGAGAUGAGGAAUCAAGUUGCUCAUCCUCUGAUACAGGAGAAUCUGAUUUAUCUCAAGGUGAUUUGUCUCACCACUGUAGUUCUGAAGAAACGGGGAGAAAUGGAUUGCCUCGUGGAGGAGAGGCUGACUGUGUGACUGAUAGAGAAGUCACGGAGCCUCUGAUCAAAUUGAGCUGUGGCUUAGAUACUGCACACUCGGCAGGCUCACGGUAUCCAGACAAAUGUGCUCUGGGGGAAGCUCCCUCUGCUAAAUCACCCCCAAGAAGAUUGAUCGAGGAACUCGCAGAUCAGUUGCAGUCAGUGGGACUCUCGGAGUGCUGUGAAAAAGCUGCCGCUGAGAAUUCGAAUGCUUCGGUGCACCAGCGAUCUAGUUGUCCUCCUCCGAGCUUGGCACCGCACCAGCGUUUACAGAUGGCCUCACAGCAGAGUUUCUUAGAGGUGUCUCCUGAGAGGAAUUGCCUGCUGUUCGUUGCAGGUCCUGAUAAUACCGAGGAUUUUACAAAUCUGGCGUGAAUCCAGGUUGCAUGCUGGAAAGAAAAAUAAACUGAUUUAUAUGUCUAAGCGGCUGAUGCCAGUUAACGUACUUGUGAAAUCACUUCUGAAUUGCAUGCUUCGAGGUUGUGUCGUACAUCACCAAAUUUAUCUGCAUAAGCAUCUUAUUCCAGUGUGGUUUUUUUUAACGUAGCUGCUGUUCUAAUUGUGCCCUCCAUUACAGCAUUGUGCAGUGGUGACAAAUUGGCGUGCUGUGAAACGUAACUAUUGUUACUCGGCUUGUAUAUCAGAGUACAUUGAUUCGGAUGAGAGCAACAGCACUUAAAUCUAACCCAUACUUUACCUGUAACAUGAAAUGGUGGCAGAAUGUUGAUAAUUUAAUGAGAAGGUAGAGUUGCUACCUUACAGCUCCAGAGACCUCGGUUCGAUCCCGACCACAGGUGCUGUCUGUGCAGAGUUUGGACGUCCUUCCCAUGACAGCGUGGGUUUUCCCCGGGAUCUGCGGUGCCCUCCCACACUCUAAAGACAUACAGGCUUGUAGGUUAAUUGGCUCCGGUAAAAAAAUUAAAUUAUCCCCAGCGUGUAGGAUAGUUCUAGUGUACGGGGAUCGCUGGUCGGCGCCGACUCGGUGGGCCGAAGGGCCUGUUUCCGCGCUGUAUCUCCAAACUAAACUAAAGAAGUGUGACUAUGGCAUUGCAUCUUGCCCAUGGGCUGAGAUUCUUUCCCCCUGAGGGAUGUUUUAUUGUAAAUGUUCCCUUUGCUAAGGAGAUGGUGACAACGUGAGAAACAGGGAACUUGGAGGAAAGAAGAAAAUACUAAUAUGUCACAGCAGGAGAGAAAAAUAGUCUGCGUGAUCACCAAUGUGAAAUUGCAUCGCCGUGAAUCAAUCCUCUUGUACUAAUGGCGUCAAUCACAUGUUGGCGUUGAAAGGGAUGAAGUGCUUAUUAAAGUUGAAGUUGGAGAUGACUUUGACCUAGAAGGCUCAUUGAAGAGGAUGGGAGCAGACGUUAAACUGGAGCCCUUUGAAUUCAACUAAAUUUUAAUAAUUGAGACUGCAUUGUGAAUAAAAAUCUGAGUUUCUAAC